AUGAAGUCUCAGCAAGCAACACCCAAGACACUCACGCAUGCCUACAUGGUCUGCGGCGUCGGCCGAGAGCCUUCGCAAUGGGUCAAAGCUCCGACACCCGUACAAGGAAAAAUUGGGCACAUGAAGGGCGCCGUUCCCCAGUUCUGGCUUCCCGAGAUUCUAGGGAGCAGCCCGAGGUUGGAGCAGGACAAUGAUAUCGCGAGGGCUCUUCACUCUGCGAUGAGGGCAUGCUUCCCCCACGACGUCGAGAUCUGCACCGGACGCAGCCAGCCACACUGCGUUCACCAUGCUUUCGUUCUCCAGCAAGACUCGUCCCAUACCCUCUACGGUAUCUGCCUGCGCGUUUGGUCGCGCGCCGAUGAGAAGCGAGCCGAGACCAUCCGCGAGCUCAGGAAGCGGACGGAGCCCGACUUCUACGACAACCAGGAAGAGCAAUAUUGGAUUCCUUACUGCUUGUCCUUCCUUUCGCGCUACCCGCUUUAUAACCUUUUGGGCGAUUAUCUUCGCGGCAUGUGGAUUCACUGGAACAAGGCUACUAACCUUUUCCACGCCGAGGAAGUGUCCCGGAUCCUGAGCUUCCCCGCGCCGCGUCUGAAUGAUCUGGUGCGCAUCGAUAUGAAGGACUAUGCGCUCUGCUACCAGUUCCCAGCCUUGUCGACCGGCUUCCAGAACUUCGCCAUGUGGCCGUUGUUCUGCUGCCUGUCCAUCCCCAACAUCGUUGGCGUUAUCGAGGCGGCCAUCUCCCCCACCCGCCGCAUCAUCUUCGUCAGCCACUACCCCGCGAUGCUGACCAUGGCCGCCGAGACGGUCCGGCUUUGCGUUCGUGUCUACGAGUGGAGCGGCCUCUACGUGCCCGUGGUGCAUGCGCGUCACGCUAAGGACCUCGUCGAGGAGCCUGGCCCGUACAUUUUGGGUAUCACAGCCGAGUGUAGGUCGCUGUUUACGGCGCCCAGCGAUGCUCUGGUAAUCGACCUCGACCGCAACUUCGUCCUCACCUCGAACCCGCCGAAUACUCUCCAGCUGGGCCAGCGCAACAAGUUCGUGGCGAGACUCACCCAGGCCUUGAAUGGCGACGUCACGCCAUCCGGUGUGCCCCCGCACCUUCGCUCGGCUUAUGGUGGAGGAAAGCUGGUGCCUGCCGGCCAGAUCAUUGUCAUGCGAGGCGAGGUCGAGUCUAUUCAGGACCCCGAGUGGUGGAACCAGGAUGCUGUCAUGUCCGUCAUGGACCAUGUUUGCGAGAAGAUGGGCCGUAACACCGGGCUCAAGGCUGUCUUUGGCGGGUCUGUCAAAAAGCCCCUGAUGACCAAGGUCUCGAUGAGGCAUCUUAACGAGAUUGUUCGCGAGCGGAACCAGUACUCGCGAGACGCCCUCGAGGCUUGGCAGGACUUUAUCAACCUCAAGGGCCGGCUGGACACAGAGCUCAGCAAGGUUACUAAGCGCAACAACUACCUCAACGAGGAGCUGGAGAGCUGGAAGCAACAGUUCCUCAAGUUCCAAGCCUUUGCCGAUACCCUUACGAAGGAAACCCAGGACCUCAAGGUCAAGAUCGAAGGCCACAAACGCGAGAAUCGCCGUCUGGCCACCCUCCUCGACCAGCAGAAGGACGAUUCCGCCAGGCUAUCGGUCCGUCUCGGAGGCACCGAAAAGCAGCGCGACGAUGCUCUCGAAGCGCUUGUUCUUCAGCAGGAGAUCGCGGAAGAGCUCGAGAGGGAGCGCAAGAGGAACAGGAAGGAGCUCAAUGCCCUGCAGCAUACCAACGUGACGAUCGUCCGCCAACGCGACGAAGCCCGCCGCGUGGUGCUCCAUCUGCGCAGUUUGAUUUCGGGCCAGCACCAUCACAUGGAGCACCUCGUCAAGACACUAACAUCUCCAGACGAGCUCGCCGCAGAGAUCGAGGCCGGAUUUGCCGCCCAGGAAGAGGUCGAGGCUGCCGCCAUCGCCGAGCGAGAAGGUGUGGAGGAGAACGACGCCCGCUUCAUCAAGAACCUCGCUCUCGCAAGCAGGCGGGUCUCCACCCAGACGUUCAUCGAUGUCGCCGAUCGUCACCUAAAGGACAAGACGGACGCCAUCGCCCACAUCAUCCGCAAUAUCUCGGAACAAUGCCAGGCCGCAGUCGAGGGCCUGCAACUCGCACAAGAUGCCGAGCUCGGGAGGCCGCAAUCGUCGGCUUCCAGGGCUCGGGACUUGUCAAAAAGCAGGAGAGGGAGUUCUCUCUCAGUCGCACAAAGCGAUGACGGUAACACCACAUCCACCUCGACGGCCACGUCCGAUGUCGGUGACGAUAGCAGCAGCGUCACUCUCCUCCGGCCCAACAGCGGCCGGAUCUCUAGCAUCCCACCCACACCGGAUCUCAUUCCCAACCGUAGCAGCACUAGCAUGUCUUUCGCAAGCACGACGGCCACGACCCCUGAGCGAACCUCACAGCAGUACCUCCUCCACCUCGGGCACGGACACGGACACCACGACAUCCCCACGAAGAUUCUCGAGGACGACGAGGACGUCGAUGACCUCACCGCCGACGAGCGCGUCGCCCGCGACGCCGACGAGGGCAACCCCAUCCCCGCGCCCUCGACGGAACAGGGAGUCGUGGGUAAGCAUGCGGAGAGCCUGAUCCACCGGCCCUCGGGCGCUCGCAUCUCGGCCCUUGGCGGCUCGCGCUAG